UUUGCCGAGUGUGUCGGGGCUUGCGACCAGAGAUCCAGACAUGUACGCCGCUCAGCUCCGUUCCAAGGACGAGAUCCUGGCCAUCCGCGCCGCCGAGCGCGAGUACGCCAAGCGCGUGCAGCUCGCGCAGGAGACGCUCAAGGUCGUGCGCGAGGAGCUGGCCACGUGCUACCGCGAGAACGGCGUGAACCACAAGAUGGCGUGCAAGGGCCUCCGCGACGAGUACGCCAAGCUCAUCCAGGACCCCACCCACGGCGCUGGCUACCCGACGCGACCGGAGUUCUAGACGCUGGAUGGAUACAGGACGAGCAGAUUAAAGCGAUAUGUGGUCGGGAGCACAGCAGACACGGCCUGGAAAAGGAAAACAUGACAGAAAAAUGAUGAAAAUACAUGCGAACGAGAAUCGCUGGUUGGUCAUUGUC